UUGGUUUCAGCUCCUGUGAGCACUUUGUUUAAAAUAAGAAAAAAAAAAUGGAUGUCAAUCUGUGUUUAAAAGAUCAACUGGUCGACUGCUGUAUGGAGCACAGAGCGAGCGAGGAAGCCGCUUUUUCCGCUUCCCCAUUAAAUCUCUGUGAGAGAAUUGGUGAUUUAUUCCAGGCAUCAGAGGAGGCUAUUCCACAUGAGACAGAGACUUUCCGACCCCCUGUUGACUUGUACCCCUACCUGGGUGGUGUAGGGGAGAUUUACGAAGACCACAGAUGGUCCUUCCACUCGGAUCGGGUUCAGCCAGCAGACUUUGAGGGUUCCCCUGCUAAUCACCUCACCGAGCUUCAGGCGGUGUCUCCUCAGCAGCUCAUUCAACCUUUCCCCCUCAGCAGCGAGUCUCUUCACCUUCACCUGGAGCCCCCGCUUGCUCCUCUAACCCUUUCAUCACAAAUCCCAUAUUACACCCCAUCCCUGUGCUACCAGUACCCUCCCUUGGCCUCACCUCGACGUUACUAUCCAGAGGAGGAUCAGAGAGCCCUCAGUCCCCCGCUGCAAGUAUCAGAAGGAGAGGAAGAUUAUGAAGACUACAACUGCUCCUUUAGGAAAGACCAAGGCAACAACAAAAAAAUCCGCCUUUACCAGUUCCUCCUGGAACUGCUUCGAAAGGGUGAUAUGAGUGAGAGCAUCUGGUGGGUGGACCCAGACAAAGGCAUCUUCCAGUUUUCCACCAAACACAAGGAGGCUCUGGCGACCCACUGGGGUAUUCAAAAAGGAAAUCGCAAAAAAAUGACCUACCAGAAAAUGGCCCGAGCCUUGAGGAACUAUGGCAAAACGGGGGAGAUAAAGAAGGUGAAGAAGAAGCUUACUUACCAGUUCAGCGAGGAUGUGCUCAAGAACCUCUAUUUUCGUCAAAAUUAUCAUCAAUGAGGAGGAAACCAUUGCUAUUAUUUUUAUAAUCAAUUCUUUUACCCAAAUUCGUUUUUCUUGACAUUUUAUUUGUAUUUAUUUUUAAUUCAGCUGUAUUUUUUUCAUUCCUUUUGCAUUGGCAUCUAUUAACGUCCAUGUUCAUAACUUUGAUUAUUGAGUUUUUUAAUACAAGAAUUAGACGUUUUCUGGAGACAAACACAAAGAAUACAAAUGUCUAAAUAUCUGGAAGUAAAUAAUGUUGUGUACUAAUGACAUAACAAAAUAACUU